CUUAUCACCACUGUUUGGUACUCGGUGGGUAUUAAUGAAAUGUAUCCUAGAAGUUUGCCACCUAGAUUAAUGUAAAAAGCGAUAGCAGAAGUCUGAGCAUCAUUUAGAUUUACAAGGGAUGCAAGGCAAAAAAAAAAAGGACACUUACUGUCAUCCUCUGUGUAUUUUGCCCAUCAUUAGCUAAGAGACUUUCAACAAACCGGGAGGGACAGGUGCCUGACAUGUAUUGCAUCGCCUGACAAUCUGUUUAGAAGGGAAGAGAGUUUGUAAUGGCACCAGUGCUUGACUUGGACUGAAAUAGGUACCGGUACUCAUUUUGGGUGCUGGUACUGUUCAUAUUUAGGUGCAGAAGCUUGAGCUUCACAAUAAUAAUAAUAAUAUGCCAUUUAGCAGACGCUUUUAUCCAAAGCGACUUACAGUCAUACGUGCAUACAUUUUUGUGUAUGAGUGGUCCCGGGGAUCGAACCCACUACCCUGGCGUUACAAGCGCCGUGCUCUACCAGCUGAGCUACAGAGAACCACCACAAUACUUCUGAGCUAAUAUUUUAUAAGAAGUACAGGAGCUCAAGCAGUAGAAAAUGUGAGGCGCUGGUACCAAAGUCAAGCAAUGACAUGGACACUGCAACACCCUCAUGCUGACUAGGUAGCAAUUUGAAUGGUCAAUGUAGCCCAUCAACGUUCAACAAACUCGCAAAGUGAUCCUAGGAUGCAACAAAAUAUUUCUUACCACACUGCAAAGUUACUGUAGCCAGAAACAAACUUCUGAGUGUGGAUACAAUGUUUCCGCAUGUGAUCUGUUGCCGUGACAACGAGUACUUGGUGAAAGCAGAGGGGCAAGAGAAGAAAAGGCAUUUAGCUCUUUGCAAGGCAAGCACACUUACCAGUCGCCUAGCGCCCACGUGUGGUGAAAGUCUUUACUUACCUAUUUUACCUCAUCAUUGAAGACGCGCCACUGUUUUGUUUUUCGUAGAUUCAUCAUGGCGAUGCAUGCGAAGGCGACACCGCCACAGAUUCCCGACACACGUCGGGAACUCUCGGAACUGGUCAAGAGGAAACAAGAACUUGCGGUAAGUGUAUUAGUUACUGUAGCUAGCUACGCUGUUCAUUUUACUAAAUAUUUUUGCUACAUGCGUAUUUGCUGCAUCUUAUGUUUUAUUUGGAAGGUAGCUUGCUAGCUAACUAGGCCGCACUAGCUAGUUACUACGACAAGGCCUCGCCUCUCUACUGCCGGUAAAUGUGUGUUGCUCGCUGGCAAGAUACGUUAGCUACCGUACUAAUGGGACAUUAUAUAACAUGUAACUGUUAGUAUGUGCUUUUAUUCAGCGUCAUACAUCCAUAGGUAUUGAUGUUUUACUUGAUAUAUCAAUGUUUAUGUACAAUGCCGCGUCGCUGGAGUUAGGUAGUAACUUCAUUUGCCCACAAGGUGCAGUCAAACCCUACCAAGCGAAUGCCCACAUCACUAUCACCAUGGGCAUGGCUGUGGUACUGUCUCUGGCCAUAUAGUAAUUACACUUUCUGUCAGUUUCAUACAUUUGAAAUGCAACGUCUAAUGCCAUUUGCAUGCAUUCCACAGGAGACGUUGGUGAACUUGGAAAGACAGAUCUAUGCAUUUGAGGGCAGCUACUUGGAAGACACCCAGAUGUAUGGGAAUAUCAUUAGAGGAUGGGACAGAUACCUCACCAACCAAAAGUAAGCAUGACAUGGACCAUGGCUACUAUAUGCAGAACUCAGACAUAAAAUGUUCAUGUUGAAUCAUCUUGCCUGCGUUUACGAUCUAUUUACUCUGUUUUGUGUUGUUCUGUCAUAGAAAUUCCAACAGCAAGACAGACAGAAGAAACAGAAAGUUCAAGGAGGCAGAGCGUCUGUUUAGCAAGUCUUCAGUCACUUCUGUAGCAGUGAGUGCCUCACUCUAUCCCCUCAGUAUUUUCCUAAUAGGCCAUCUAUCCUCUCAGUAUUUCCCUAAUAGGCCAUCUAUCCUCUCAGUAUUUUCCUAAUAGGCCAUCUAUCCUCUCAGUAUUUUCCUAAUAGGCCAUCUAUCCUCUCAGUAUUUCCCUAAUAGGCCAUCUAUCCUCUCAGUAUUUCCCUAAUAGGCCAUCUAUCCUCUCAGUAUUUUCCUAAUAGGCCAUCUAUCCUCUCAGUAUUUUCCUAAUAGGCCAUCUAUCCUCUCAGUAUUUUCCUAAUAGGCCAUCUAUCCUCUCAGUAUUUUCCUAAUAGGCCAUCUAUGAUUGUAAUAAUGUGUAACUGCUGACCAACUGUUCGUCUUUGUUGAACAGGCUGUCUGUGCACUUGGCGGGAUACCAGAUCACAUGAAUGAAAAACGUAAGUAUAUGGCUCAGCCAUCCCAAAUUGAUAAACUUUUGUUUGCCACAGUACAUACUGCAUGUAGCCUACUGGUAUGUGAGACAGUUGAGCUCCAAGGAGACAUGCUGCUCUCCUGUUGUCUGGCCCUUCAGGUGAGCCCGGCAGUGGGACAGAGAGCGACACAUCCCCAGACCUCCAGAACCAGGAGAACGAGCCCAGUCAGGAGGACACGGAGGACGCCGACGGGGCGCUGCAGGACCUCAAACCCCAGAAGGCCGCCUCCUCCUCCUCCGGCAGCCACCACGGAAGCCACAAGAAGAGGAAAAACAAAAACAGACACAGGUACUCGACCCUGGACACAGUCGCUGGUCUAGUCUAACUCCUAGGGAACGUUCAGCAGGACACAACGUUGUGAAACGUUCAGAACAUUGUGGAACAAACAUGCCUCUCUGACAUGUAGAACACGGAAUCAAAGUGGGUCUAUUAAUGGCAUUUCUAUCUGCAACGUUUGGCUACUGAACAUGGCCCUGCUGUCAAGUCUGAAAUAUGUGCAAGUGUCUCUCUUGCGCGCAACGUACCUUUUUUAAAGUUGUCUGGGAGGGUCAGUUUGAUUGGCUGUGCUACUGUAUAAACAUCAGGAGGGUCAGUUUGAUUGUCUGUACUACUGUAUAUACAUCAGGAGGGUCAGUUUGAUUGGCUGUACUACUGUAUAUACAUCAGGAGGGUCAGUUUGAUUGGCUGUGCUACUGUAUAUACAUCAGGAGGGUCAGUUUGAUUGGUUGUACUACUGUAUAUACAUCAGGAGGGUCAGUUUGAUUGGUUGUACUACUGUAUAUACAUCAGGAGGGUCAGUUUGAUUGGUUGUACUACUGUACAUACAUCAGGAGGGUCAGUUUGAUUGGUUGUACUACUGUACAUACAUCAGGAGGGUCAGUUUGAUUGGCUGUGCUACUGUAUAUACAUCAGGAGGGUCAGUUUGAUUGGCUGUGCUACUGUAUAUACAUCAGGAGGGUCAGUUUGAUUGGUUGUACUACUGUAUAUACAUCAGGAGGGUCAGUUUGAUUGGCUGUAUUACUGUAUAAACAUCAGGAGGGUCAGUUUGAUUGGCUGUACUACUGUAUAUAGCAAGUGGCUUAGUCUGUUUGUAUUGGAGCUAGAAUGUGAGGAGGAGUAAGGAAUGGUGCCAACUUUUCCAGCUGUAUUAAUAUCAAUUAGACCGUGUCAACUCAUCACACCGGUUCCUAGCCACAUUGUGUUAUGUUGUAUGUAGCCUGAUAAACCAACACAUAUUAAGACAAAAUCCUCACAGUUAGUUAAAUGAAAAUACAAAAAUAUUGUGCUAGCUAGUUCAAUUAUUAACAAGCCUGUAUUUUAUAGACAACGUAAGCAUCCCUUUAGAGUGAGUCAGACCGGUGUAUUAACUACUGCUGCUCUCUACCUCCCCUAAUGCUGCCCCAGCCCUUCUGCCAUGUUUCAUUAUGACUUCGAGUAAGUCUCCAAUUUUACUUCCUGCUUCCUGUGGUGAUACAUCCUGGCCGUGACCCAAAUGGCACCCUAUUCCCUAUAUAGUGCAGAGCUCUUUGGUAAAACGUAGUGCUAUGUAUGGAAUAGGGUGCCAUUUGGGGGACUGCCCCUGCCUUCUCUGACCCCAUCCUGACGUUCCCACUCUCUCUCCCCCUCAGCUCUCCAUCUGCUUCUGUCACGGUUAAUGCGUCAUCAUAGCGAGUCUAUCAUUACUGCAUGUCCAAAUCUUUAGUUCUGUCCCUAAUGGCACCCUAUUCCCUAUUUAGUGCACUACUUUUGACCAGGGCCCAUAUAGGAAAUAGGGCACCAUUUGGGGACGCACCCUUCAUUUCUCAAAUAAUGCGUUGUUUCUAAUAAAGUAUUAGCACCUAGCUUCUGUAGACUCAACACUAGAUUAUGUAGUGUUUGAGUCAUAGGGGCAUGAACACUACUUCUUUAGAAGCUCAGUUUAUUUCUUGACCCUGGUUUCAUUCCAUAAAGGUCCAGUUCCUUUAAUCCAGUUAUGAAAAAAGCUGCUCUUCCUGCCAAAAUGAGAUGGGGAGGUCACAGGUUGAGUAAAAACAGACAUCUUUCAGCACAUCCCAGUCUUUUAUAUGGUUCUUUAGUUGUGUGUUGCUUGGUCUCUUAGCUCGAGUAACUGUAGUGGUGCUUGUUGUCUCCAUGGUUACUAGUGUUGUAUUUAGUGAACCCUGAAAGACCUAUCGUAACUCUUGCUUUGUUUGUUUUUAGAUUCGACAUGAAGGUGAACAAGAAACCCAGAGCGGUAAGCUAUUUGAAUGUUCUGUUGUCUUGAGCUUCCAAUGAAGCAAUGUGUGAUUCAAAAUAUUUAAAGUUCUGCUUUUAAAUCUGUCGUCGACGUUGUCGUUGUUCCACAGGACUAUUCAACUUGAUGAUGAAUGGGGGGUGUUAAGUACUUCAGACCAGAACUGGCCACACAGGAGAGGUCUACCGUGAAGCAGAGAGACUUAUCUGGGCUUUGUGAACUUUAUAUGCCUUUUGUGAACUGUCUUGGUUUCUGCUUUGUGUAUAUUGCAUGAAAUGUUGCCCAUCCCACCUGCUACUGGGACUAUUUGUGUUUCAUGAUUUUCCUGCAACAAAAAAAAUACAAGGUGUGUCAUUGCAUGUUACUCAAUACCCAGCUUGGGUUAUUAUUGUAUAGUGUUGAACAUUCUAUAUUUAUCAUGUAACUCUCCACAUCUUCCUCUGCUCUUCUUGUGACAAAAAUAAUAUUUUACUUUUUAUUAGUCAUUGUGUAGUUUGAAUAUCCCAGCUUCUUUUUAUUAUAAUUUAGAGAUUUGUUUAGCAUAAAAUUGUAAUAAAACAUUGAAAUGAUAAAUAUUACUAUAUAUUUGUUGUUUAUGGUAAAAAUCUUAGUUUGUGAAUGUCUAGCCCACCAGAAGCAUUGACAAUUCCUUGGAUGUUAGUCAAAAUCUCAUCUCUGUCUUUACUCUGUACUCUUCAGUAA